AUGGGGCUAGGAUUGCAUGAGGGAAGUGAUACCUCGGUUGGCGUCGCACAUGAUGCCUUCAACACGUUCUUCAGCAAGACUGGUUCCGGCAAGCAUGUGCCCAGGGCCAUCUUCAUCGACCUUGAGCCCUCUGUCAUCGACGAGGUUCGCACUGGCUCGUACCGCCAGCUCUUCCACCUAGAGCAGCUCAUCUCGGGGAAGGAGGACGCAGCUAACAACUUUGCUCGUGGCCACUACACGGUUGGGAAGGAGAUUGUCGAUCUAUGCCUGGACCGUGUGCGCAACAGCGACAAACAAAUGUACUCAUCAGAAGGCAGAGCACCAUUCGGCAAUUGCUACUGUCUUCGUGUGGCGCAACAGCGACAAACAAAUGUACUCAUAAGAAGGCAGAGCACCAUUCGACGAAGAGAUCAUCUUGAUUCUCAGAAUGGUUCUAUUAAUUAUAAUGAGGAGGUUUGGGUGAUGGAGUCAUACUCGAUCUAG